AUGGUCGCGCAAGCUCGAUACGUCCUGGCCCUCCUCGCGGUGUGGUCUGCGCUAGUCUCCUUGGCGUACGCUGGCCAGGACUUCCGUGGACAGAUCCAGCCCAACGCUGAACUCGGCCACGUCAUGAAUCUUGGGCCCAACACCAAGGUCCUCCUCCGCGCAAUUCCAGCACAAAAGCCCGCCGAGGCUGGCACUCCCUCUCUUGACCAGCCUCCUGCAACAGAUGACACCCAGACAGACUUGGCAGCAUUCGGGCAUCGACGCGACCGCUCCACGAUCGUCGCAGUCGACGGCAGCUUCAUCUUCCGCAACGUCGAAGAGGGCGCAUAUACGCUUCAGGUCGUCUCGCGUACACACAUCUUCGAAAAGUACCGCGUCGACAUCGUCGAUCCAGAGCUCGCAAAGGCGCCUCAGAUCCGCAUCUUCACACCUGGAACCUCGCUCGUAUCGAUCCUCUCUUCCAAUCUGGUCUUCCACCCGCUCAUCCUGCAUGCGGUCAAACGUGUCGACUACUACACCGAGGCGGCACCUCUGACGCUGGGCUCGCUCAUUGGUAUGGGCGGUCCCAUGAUGAUCCUCGGCCUCGUCGCCAUGGGCAUGGUCUUCAUCCUGCCCAAGCUUACCGCCUCGCUCGAUCCCGAGGCACAAAAGGAGCUCGCCGACUCGCAGGCACGCAUGCAGAAGCGCCUCGCUGCCGUUCAGUCCGGCGACGUCUCCAGUCUGCUCUACAAGGACGACCACGUCCAAAAGAGCCAGGCGCGCGAGGCCGCCGCCAACAACGCACGUGCUCAACGCAACACCGGUCCUUCCAAAUGA